AUGAGUAAACUUACUUCGAAUGAUUGUAUUUAACUUGAAUAUAGAGAUGAAAACGAUGCAUAGAAGAAAUAUAAAAAUAAUUUCGUGCUUUCAGACGUUAUUGAGAUAACCUAUUAAAAAAUGAUAAAAGACAAGAAAGAUGAUCCAGAAAAGAAGAUCCCUCCGAAGUUCGGUAACUUUGUUAAGUCAGGAGAAUACAGAGAUCUCUUGGAGUCAAUGCUAGACUAUUGCAGAGAAUUAUUCAGACUUGAAAAUAAACAAUAAGUUCUUGAAUAAGAGGCAAAGCAAAGAGGACUUCCAGUGCCUUAAGUUUUACCCUCAGAGAAGAAAAAACUGAGUGAAAAAGCAAAGAAAAUGGCAGAUAAAUACGCCUGGAUUGUGUUUAAUUACAAAUCCAUCUCAAACGAUCAAAUGGAUCACUGCUCCUCAUUCAUGCAGUUUAAGUCUAAAAUUCUAGCAAAUCAGAAGUCUGACCAAUACUUCUACGAAACAAUGAUGAUUUUCUCAGCUAAGGUUUUGUAAAAUGCCUUUGAUAAGAGUGACAUCCAAAAACUUGAGGAGGAGAUCAAUAGACUAUUCAGAUCUAACGCUUUUAAUAUUACUUAAAGAGUGCAGUUUGAAGAGUCUCGCAAAAAGAAAUACCCUUAAUUAAAGGAACCUCCUCAAAAAGAAAACACUGGAGACAUGAUCAAAAGGCUUGAAAUGAGAUUCAGAAUACCUAAAGAGAGCAAGAAGAACGAAACACAAAGAGCUAAUAACUCAAUGUUUGUCAAGAGAGUCGAGCUAGAUAGAAUCGUAGAAGAAGAGACUAAGAAAAGAAGUCCAAAAGAUUACCUUUGA